ACUGGACUUUUGACAAACAUACCAACAAAUCGCCGAUACUGUAAACUUGGACAUUCUAAAAGUAAAAAAUGGUCUCUUAUAUGACAUGUCUUCUCGUGAUCGUCGCAUGCUGUGCACAUUCAGCACUUGGCAUCUCUAUUAUAUGUGAGGGAUCGUCCAUGUACCUCUCCUGCCCUCCCGGACAAGUCUUGUACGUUCACUCGGGUGUUUACGGCCGCACACAGGGCGCGGUAAUCUGCCCUCAUCAGUCCAUCAAGACGACAAACUGUGUGUCUCCAAGCUCCACUGCCACAGUUGCGAAUCUGUGUAACGGAAAAAAUCUGUGUAGCCUCAGCGCCACAAACGGCGUAUUCGGAGACCCUUGCUAUGGCACAUACAAAUAUUUAGAGGUGGAAUACGCCUGCUUUUAAUCACUAGGUUGUUACUUCUUGAACAAGUGUGUUGAUUAUGAUGCUGUCCGAUAACCAUUGCAUUAAAAAACUUACAUCAUGAAUAUAAAAAUAUACAUUUUAAUGUCAAUUCCUUUUUAGGACACAAAAUGGUAUCAACAUUAUAAAAAAUUGUUAAAAAACCUGUUGUUUGUUAAUGUGAAUAAA